AUGGUGAAGAUCAAUAGACUUCACGCCGUCCCUAUUGUAAAGAGGCCUUCUGAAGAUGAGAGGAUCAAAUACGAUUUCGAUCCAAUUAAUGACGUGAUGGAUAGACAAUGGGACAAUUAUCCCGUGGGACCUGACCAGCCACUGAGGAUGAUUCGUAGAGAUCGCUGGAACGCCGUCGUGCCCAGGAGCUGGCAAUUUCAACCCAUCCCUGUGAAGGCAGUGUUGGUGAUGCCUACAAACACCUACACUUGUCUGUCCAACAGUGCGUGUAUGAAGAUCGUCUGGAGACUACAGAAACACCAGUUGCGAUCUGGGCUACGAGAUAUACAGUGGAAUUUCCUGAUCGGAGGCUGUGGCAGGGUGUAUGAAGGAAGAGGCUGGGACAGAAGGCCCGCCAAAAACCCCAUCCAUAAACCAUGGGACUACAAAUCACUCGACGUAGCUUUCAUUGGAAGAUUUGGGACUGAUGUCCAUCCUUGCAUGAGAGACCAACUCAAUGAGCUGAUCUGCUAUGGUCUAAAGCACAACCUGAUCAGGAACAGCGUCACAGAGUAUUACGAGUACGAACGACUCAACAAGAGACUUUGAGUAGAAACCCUUCAAUAUAGUUAUUACCUAUAAUUUAUAAUUCUAUAACACUAUCGAUGUUAUUCGUCAUGCUCUGCUAUAUU